UUAGAAAUCAAGGAGGCAAAAGAGUGGGUAGGGGCCUGGACAGGAACGUGAGUUACUUAAGGUGGAAGAGUCUGCCCACAUCUAUUCUGGCUGUCCUUUUUGGGGACGACUGGGCUGUUGGAGACCCAUGGAUUUGUGGCCAUCUCUACUUAGUAAAGACCUGUUGAGGUCUUUACUAGAAGUCCUGUGGCCAUAUUUUUGCCACGACUUUGCCACCUUCUUGCUUGACUUGAUACUCUUAGGCUUGCCAAGGAUUUACCGUCCCGCCACCUAAGCAUCCUGCCUUCUGAUCAUUCCACUUGCUGCUUCCGUACUGGUAUUUAUGUCGGAGGCACAGGUCUGUGCAGCUCUUUUUCUGCCCUGGGUUCCUUUGGUGCUUUGAGGCAGAGCCGGUGUUUGUCAGUUGGUGGUUUAGACAAGUUACAGGUAAAACACGAUGAAAGUCUCUGUCUAGAUUCUUAUCUCUUGCCCCGGCAGAAGCAGACAGGGAGGGAGGAAUGAAGUAAAAUGUCGGGCAGCCUUUGUUUAAACAAAGGAGGUGCUGGUGUCUAGAACAAUUCCAGCCCCUAAAACAGAAUAGGGCCUGGAGGUGGAAGAAAGAUCUCAUAAAGCUUUACACCCAAAGCCUAAUGUUGAAGUUAGGGCUUGUAAAGUCGGUUUCUCAAAGACCCACGGGAGUCAUCCUGGAAUGUGAAGGUGUUCGUUUCAUGCAGGGAAUGAAGUCUUCCGUGCCGGGUGGUCCCAGGAUGGGUUAGUAAGGUUACAAUGGAGGGGAAACCUCUCGUUUUAAGUGUUUUCCAUUUGUUUUGUGUGUAUGGGUGGUUUUAUAAUAUCCAGAUAAGGAGUGGGAGGGCUGUGAGGAGAGGGUCUGUUGUUCUGCUGGCCGUGCUGCUUUGAUGUGGACUAGAUAAGGGUUGAGGAGUGGUGUGAGUGGCUGGUAGCUAAGGUCGAGAGGGGAGGAGCCAAGGGGAGCCUGUGCGUUCCCAGCCCUCCCAGCCUGCAGUGACCCAGAGUUGCCUGAAAUCUGGAAAAACUGGAAGAGGAAAUGGCUUGAAAACUCAUGGAACCUGCUCUUCAGAUGAUGCUGCGGUACCCACAGCAGGUCUGUGCCCCUCCCUGCCCACUUCAUCCCAAGCCCAGAGUCUUCCAAGGAAAACGAUCGGGAUUAGACGGAUCAUUCAUUAUAUAUUUGUAGCCCUACAGAUUUCUCCUUAGGAUGACCUUUUUAGCCCAGUUAGAGCUCUGCUAAGUGGAGUAACUGAUUCCUCGGGAAAGGAAGAAGAUGAGGUCACUUACCUUAAUUUCUUUAAAACCUUUAAUCAUGGUAAAUACAGAUGGGGUUUCUUUGGAGCUUGUAGUAAUGUCUUCCUUUUGUGGCAGUUGGUUGACUCUUAGCAGGUUGAGUCAUCAGAGGACUUGAAGAUCUAGAAUAACAUACCAUCUGUAAAGAAUUGAUGACAGUAGCCGGUCUUGACAGGCCAAAAAUUGUAUUUACAGAAUCAUCCAACAGAUCUUUUAGUGACUGCACCACACCUGAAAUAAAUGUGUGCCCACCCAGGGAGCAUUUUGAAGGCAGGACUGACGUCCUGUGUUCAGGGGGCCCUCAGCCUCCUGUAGCCAAGAUCCCCAUUACCCAGAGACAGAAGCUAGAGACGCACCAGGCAAUGUAAGCUCUUGGCACACACAGUAGGCAUCUAGUAAGCACUUGAUCAGCAGCCGAUAGCCAUUGGGAACCCUGGUGAUGGGUGAAUUCUUAGGUGGAGGGUGGGUGCACCAGCCCAAGGGACACGGCCCGGGCUCACAUGCUACAAUCCUGAUAGGAUACUUGUUGGCAUUUACUACCCUUUUGCCGAUUCCCCUUGCGGAGAGGGGUGCCUUUGCCAUAGAAUUUGAAUCCUGAUCUACACUGGCCUUCCCCUAUGAUGCUGCUUGUUAGGCUUUCCUUGUGGGAGGAGAGCUGUCCUUCCCGCCUUGUCACCCGUUUUUGGCAAAAGACCACCAGGUAAGCCAGGCCUCCGGCCCCGAAGAUCUCCUACAGCUCAGCCAGUACCAGGACCCCGAUUCCAUGCAAGCGAUCCCCACCCAAAGAGCUUGAAAACGAGAUUCUUUUCCUUUGAAAUUUAAAAGGAGAAUAAAAAUGUGCUUGCUUUUCAACAUAGAUUGAUUAGCUGGCAUGGAGGAAGGCCGGCCUUUGAAAUCUAUAGGCAUCACGUUGCAGGCCUGACCCCGCCGACCCCGGUAGAUUAGUAAUGGUCUACGCAGCCUGCUCUGUCAGCACGUCUGGCUGGGCAGGCACAGAUGGUGCCAGUUGGAGAAAAUCACCGUGGAACGCUGCACGGCCGCCUCGCCUUGGCCGCGCUGCCUCGGGAGGAGGAGCCGAGACGGGGUUGUUUACAGACGUGUUCCUGCCUGGCGCUGGAGAGCAGACCCGUGAGAUGCCGGCCCAGGGUGACCCCCACCUCCAAGGACAGAGCUCUUUCACCCAUAUGGCUUUCUCGGGAGUCAGCUUAUUGAGUGGAAGGAACACGAGCUCUCCAGUGAGAUCUGCAUUUGCUGCUCCAAUAGUGUCCAACUUGAUGUCAUCCGCGGAUUUAGCAAAUGGGCCAUCUUUUCCAUCAUCCGGUCAACCCGGGAUCACCACCGAACAUCCUUCCCCGGCCCUGAUUGACAGAUUGCUGUUCUUGCUUGUCCCUUCCACCAAAUGUCCUCAAACCCGGCAGGAAAGGAAAAAAGCUAACGGAGCUGAGGAGUCCAAGUGUGACUGCCAAGACGCAUCCAGAAAAGCCAAAGAGCCCGGGCAUGUCAGACCUUCCCGCAGCUUGCCACACACACACCUACAGCAACCCGGGGAGAUGAGUGAAGAACGGGAGGGUAGAAAGCGCCAACCAGCACGAGUGAGUCGGGAGGAACAGUAUGGAGAGGGAGAAGCAGGCUCCCCAUGGAGCAAGGAGCCCAACAUUGGACUUGAUCCCAGGACCCUGGGAUCACAACCUGAGCUGAAGGCAGUUGCUUAACUGAUGGAGUCUCCUAGGAGCCCAGACUUCGUGUUUUUUCAACAAAAAUUAUUUUUGAGAGAAGAGAUGCUGGUGGUCGGCUCAUUGAGCUCACCUUUAUUAAAGAUCUAUGCGAGAUAAAUACUGAGAUGAAAUCAGUGAUAAAAUUUACUUUCUCCCAAAAUUAUUUUUCUUCCUCAUCUCACAUACUAGGA